AUGUGGAAUUAUCCUUCACGAGAAUGGAUGUACAACCGGAUCGAUCCUGGAACUAAUCAUCUUUCGACGGGAUAUUUGGCGGGUGUGGAACAGUUCAUCGAGUUUGCGAGUAGCAAUGCACAAAAUAGAAGAGGUAGGUGUUAUUGUCCUUGUGUAGUAUGUGAGAAUUCGAAAUUGUUGAAACCUAGCACAAUAUCGAGUCAUUUGCUAAGUAGAGGAUUUAUGGCGAAUUAUUAUGUCUGGUAUGAACAUGGUGAAGAUUAUGAUGUUGUUGGGGAGGGAAAUAGUGGUCUUUACGCUGAUAAUUCAAAUAAUACUAGUCAUGAACCAAUGGGAUUUGAUCAUGGAGAGGAAAAUAGUAGUGAACCAGUAGGUUUUGAUGGGCAUAAUGUAUAUGCUGAGAUGGUUAAUGAUGCAUUUCAUGGUUCGGUACCGCAUAAUGAUCAUCAUGAACAUGAUCAAAUUGGAAAUGAUCAUGUUUAUGAAGAACCCACCCAAGAAGCGAAACGAUUCUAUGAUAUGUUAGCUGCUGCCAAUACUCCACUUUAUGACGGAUGUCGGGAAGGUCAAUCGCAAUUAUCGUUAGCAGCUCGGUUCAUGAACAAUAAGGUCGAUUAUAAUUUGUCUGAAGCUUGCAUGGAUUCAUGGGCAGAAAUGUUUACGGAGUUUUUACCAGAGGGUAAUCAGGCAACUGGUUCAUAUUACGAGACUGAGACAUUGAUGCGAAAGCUAGGAUUGCCAUAUCAUACUAUAGAUGUAUGUAUAGAUAAUUGUAUGCUCUUCUGGAAAGAAGAUGAUAAGUUGGAGCAUUGCAAGUUUUGCGGGAAACCAAGGUAUAAGGUUAGUGAAGGCAGAACAAGAAUACCAUAUAGUAAGAUGUGGUAUUUACCCAUUGGAGAUAGACUGAAGAGAAUGUACCAAUCCGAGAAGACUGCAGCUUCUAUGAGGUGGCAUGCUGAGCAUGAUUCGGAAGAAGGAGUAAUGUGUCAUCCAUCAAAUGCGGCUGAGUGGAAGAAUUUUCAGCAAUUGCAUCCCUCAUUUGCAAGCGAACCGCGAAACGUUUAUCUUGGACUAUGUACGGACGGUUUCAAUCCUUUUGGAAUGUCCAAAAAUCAUUCGUUGUGGCCAGUGAUCUUGACUCCAUACAACUUGCCUCCAGAUAUGUGCAUGAGGAGUGAGUAUUUAUUUCUGACUAUUCUGAAUUCAGGACCAAAUCAUCCACGAGCUAGUCUUGAUGUUUUCCUCCAACCACUGAUCGAGGAGUUAAAAGACUUAUGGGAUAACGGAGUUGAGGCAUACGAUGUGUCAUUAGAUCAAAACUUCAACCUUAAAGCGGCCCUUCUAUGGACAAUUAGCGAUUUUCCUGCAUAUGGCAUGUUGGCCGGAUGGACUACACAUGGAAGAUUAUCUUGUCCAAUUUGUAUGGAGGAUACAAAUGCAUUUCAGUUGCCAGCAGGGAGGAAGACAAGUUGGUUUGAUUGCCACAGAAGACAUCUUCCGACAAAUCAUCCGUUACGAAAGGAUAAAACACACUUUCUGAAGGGUAAACACGCAUUGAACGAUUACCCACCGCAAUCUUUGACUGGUGAACAAAUCUUAUAUGAGCGUAUAAGGACUGCCGCUCCAGCGAAGACAUCUGUAUGCGGAGGAAAUGGGCAUGAAGAGAAAGUGGAUGGCUAUGGAGAUUGGCAUCAUUGGCACAAAGAAAGCAUACUUUGGGAGUUAUCGUACUAG